GUCUCGUCCUUUCUCCAGGGGCACGCCCAGCUUGUGGGGAGCUCGAGCCAUUCCUGGUGUCAAUGUUUGCUUUUUGAGAUCUUGAUCUUGAUCUUGACCUGGGGCCUUAUAUCUUAUUUGCUUGUUCCCGGCCUGUUUGCUUCUUUACUUCUUUGCUUCGUCUUAAGCAGCUGAUUGCGCUUUUCCCAGCAAUCAACCCGAGCCCCAGGAUUUCCAAAACCGAGUGAGUGUCAGUUUUCCAGUCAGUAGGAUUACUCCACGGACUAUCUUGAGGUAUUGUAGAUGGAUGACUGAGACAAGGUAGCAGGAGGGGUCUUGUUCCCUUCAUCGGCCAUUUCGCUCUCUCUGUCUUGGGAACGCAAAGCACUCCAACCGCUUGCAAUAGCCCCAGCAAGAGAUAAAGGCGUAUCGAAGCACGAGAUCGGAGCAAACGCAGGCCCAGGGAUUCUUCAUUGCGUUCGUCAAGAUGGAGACUGCAGAACCAGUGUCAUACGAAUUUCCCGGCCAUCCCGUCGGGGCUGUUGCGCCUCGUCGAAUGAUGAACUCGAAUGUCGGCCAUAACUUUUCUUUCUAUACCAACCCGACUGCUCCGUUUCCAUUACCGUUUCACCAAUCCUCAUCAGCUGCGUACGGCUUCGGGCACACUCUCAACCACCAUCAUCACCAUCACCAUCACCAUCCGGGUUACCAACACUACUUUGUAGCUGGUCAGCAACCGCUUCAUCAUCAGCCAGUUCGCCUAUCCUCUGAGCCACCAUCUAUCCAGCAAAUCCCCGAUAUCCGGCCGGCUAAGAAUGCCGUCAAUCGAGUAGCCAGAGACCCUUUGACCAAGAUUGAACACAAUACUAGCUCACAACAACCUCCGGGAGCUCAGCAAUCUAUCAACGGAGCGGCUGCACAGGGGAAAGGCUCCUCUACCACCGAGGUUGAGUUCUCGACAGAGGUGGAUAUUUUGAUGAAGGCAAUCCAGGCUAAGACCGGUACUCAGCCCCCAGGAGUGCAGUCUUUGCCACCACUUCAACAAUUGACCCACGGGGGAAGUAAUGGUUAUACUCAGAGCUAUUCAAUACCGGUGACAACCCCCCGCUGCACUGUCAUGGUCGAAGAGGCCCCGUCGCGACCGGGCAAGAAACGCAAGUAUGCGUGCACUCUGCCGCAUUGUGGCAAGAGCUUUGCGCAGAAGACUCAUCUGGAUAUCCACAUGAGGGCUCACACGGGAGACAAGCCCUUUAUAUGCAAAGAGCCUUCCUGUGGACAGCGCUUCUCUCAGUUGGGGAAUUUGAAGACCCAUCAACGUCGCCAUACAGGGGAGAAACCAUUUUCCUGUGAUAUAUGUCAGAAACGAUUCGCUCAGCGAGGCAAUGUCCGGGCCCAUAAAAUCACUCAUCAACACGCCAAACCAUUCACUUGUCUUUUGGAUGACUGUGGGAAGCAGUUUACCCAGCUUGGAAACCUGAAGUCACACCAGAACAAGUUCCACGCCACAACCCUACGAAAUCUAACAUUAAGAUUCUCCCAGGUAACAGAGGGAGAACACAUGAGCCCCCAAGACAGAAAGCUUUGGGAAUACUUUGCCACACUGUAUAAGAAUAGCAACAAGGGGAUUAAGGGCCGCGGAAAGGAUCGCAGAAUCUCGCCUACUUCUCGGUCAGACCAUGGCUCCGACUCCCGCAGACGGAUCCAGCCUCUCAGCAGUAACGAUGACAAGUUGCGCCGAGCCAGUUAUGAAGACGCCUCCAUCUACAACGGAGGUUCCAGCAGCGAAGAGGAAGAUGCGGAACCAUACUUUAUUGAGCGGCAAGCUCAUUGACACACCCAAGCUUUCCAAAGUCUCGUACCCUCGUGUCCCGCAUUUCAUUGUGUUUGAUUGUUCUCACGAUACCAGCUUCGUUUCUUUAUUUCAUAUCAUCAGCAUCUCACGUUGGAAAAGGAGUUAACCUGGAUGAGGGACUCCCCAACCGUUAUCGUUCGGCUUGCAGACUCCCCUUGUGUACAUCAGCGUGUCC